AUGAACACUGAAGCGUACAAGAAAAUCGCCUUAUCCCAAAGAUAUUUAAUCAAACCUAUCGUCAGAGCUGCUGGACUCAUUGGAAAGGAUUGUUCAACGGAAAUUGUUGAUGUAAAAAAAUUGUCUCAGGUUAUUAUAUCGGGAAUACAGUAUGUUGAAAUCGUCGAAAUGGAAGGUCGCUUAACUUGCAUAGACAAACUCGUGAGCACUCCUCGCUGGUUAAAAGUCGUCGAACUUGCAAACGACUGUCAGGCCUGCAACGUGCUUUUGAUGACUACCGCCGAGGGUGUAGUACUGAAAACGAUAAGGGACAUAAUUCCCGGUGAACCACUACUGAUGUGGUUUACCGAAAAUAUUCUCGCUAUAUUGAAUAUACCAUUCCUGACACCAUCUAACAUACAAGAUCAGAAUCGCUACAUUUGUCACAUAUGCAACAACUUGUUUGAGUUCCCAAAUCCUUUGAAGAUACAUUUAGCCCUAAAGUGUAAUCGACUGGACAGUGAUCAUCUUUGGUCCAUGCUAACCAAAGAGUUUAGCUCGUUACCGAGGCCAAGCACCUUGUCUCUCAACCUGUUCCCCAAUCCGACUUUCAAAUUCGAACUGACCACAUUGCCGACAGCUCCGCCUACCAGGAUAUCACCGAUAUCAUUGAAAACCACGAAUAAUACCGUUCCUCUUGCAACUAGAAACUCAUCGGAGUCUUCCGAUCAUGCCUCUCCAUCCUCUUCCAAUCCGCCGUCUCUCAAUCCUUCAUCCACGGAAAUUCCACCAAACAUGUCGACACGAAUGUCAUCUACAACGAAAGACACUCUUCAUCGACAGUCUGCUUUCCAGCCAUACUUAAAUAGAAGCAAUGUCUUUAAGAAGAUCUAUCCACUAACAAGGAACGAGAAUGUUUUAACGCCCUACAAUGUUCAAACGACCACCCCACCGAUCGCGACUGACGUCCAUGCAGCGCAAGUGGAAACGAUAGUCAGCAAUCUCGGUAAAUCGAAGCAAGGACACCUCUGCAUUUAUUGUGGAAAAGUUUACUCGAGAAAAUAUGGUUUAAAAAUCCACAUCAGAACUCAUACCGGUUACAAACCCUUAAAAUGCAAAUAUUGUCUGCGACCAUUCGGAGAUCCUAGCAAUUUGAAUAAACACGUACGGCUACACGCCGAUGGCGAAACACCAUAUAGAUGUGACUUAUGUGGAAAAGUUUUGGUCAGAAGGAGGGAUCUUGAGAGGCAUUUAAAAUCAAGACACCAAGAAGCUAUAAACGAUAGUACAGAUACCUCGUCUGAUGGUACCGACACUUGA